UUGACAAGGACAGGACACACACCUCAGUCUCCAUUGACAAGGACAGGACACACAGCUCAGUCUUUUAUUCAGAAGGACAGGACAGAUAUCUUAAGCCCCUUUGUCACGGACACCAUGAACACCUCACCGAUCUUGAACUACACAGAAAUCAUUAACAACAUUGACAGCAGUGAUUUCAUCUUGUUUGCGCACUCCCUCACCAGCCUGCGCGUCAUCAUGGGCUACGUGGUCAUCUGCAUCGGCCUGCCGGCCAACUGCCUGGCCAUCUACGGCCUCUACCACCUGAUCAAGUCCGACCACGUCAUCCCCGUCUACAUCAUCAACCUGCUCAUCUCUGACCUCCUGCAGCUGCCCUCCAACCUGGCCAGCAACAUUUACGUCAAGUUUGACUUUCACCUCUACACUGACGUUUUGGUCCGCGUUCUGCUGUCGAUCUUUUUCCUGGGCGUGUCGGGCAACAUCGGCUUCAUGGUGUGCAUCGCCCUGGAGCGGUACCUGGUCAUCGUCCACCCUCUGUGGUACCGUCUUCACCGCAGCAUCCGGAUCACCGUGCUGGUCUCUCUUGUUGUCUGGGCGCUGUGCAUUUUCUGCACCAUCAUCAUCUCCUACACGGAGGUGUACGCCGUCUACCUAACUGGGCACAUCCUGUGGAUAGUCAUCCUGGCCGUUUCCUUGUUCCUUCUCGUCUUCUCCUACGUCUCCACCAGGAGGGCGAUUGCCAGGGCCAUCGCUGUCCCGGAUGUGGAGAAGAGGAAGAUCCUGCACGUGCUGACCCUGGUCCUGACCACCUACAUCGUGCUCUUCCUCCCCUAUCUUCUGUUCCACUUCCUGUUCUUCAGCGGCGUCCUCAAGACCCUGUACACGCCGGAGAACGCCAACGUGUUCGCGGUGUGCCUGACCGUGGCAUCGCUGCUGAUCACGCUGAACCCCGUGGUGGACCCGGUCCUGUACUUCCUGCUGCGGACCAAGGUGCGAGGGACGCUGGGCUCGUCGCACUGGCGGCAGCGGGUGAUCAGACUCGUGAGCCUCUGGGGGAGGCCUGUGGUCGAGCCUGGCGAGGAGGCGGCGGCGGCGGCGGAGACGGGGGUGCCCGCCCCAUCCAUCGCCAUAUCCCGCAUCUGACGGAGGACGCCAGGGGAUUGUGGGCAAGCGCCCCCCCCCGCUGGUCUUUACGGGAGAGGGGCACGGGCAUGCACCCAGCCCCAUUCCCAACCCAUGGGGCGGGCGGUCCGCAGGAUCCCGGGAGCACCAGUGGGAUUCUGGGGGCACGGGGUACGGGGCGCCCUUCCAUGCCGGGAAAGUGCCGGCGAGUCUCACGACCGUUGCGCCGGCGUGUCAAAGACCGGUGACGCAGGAGCAGAGUGCUCUUCCUGCUCAGGGGGAUUGGGGCUGAUACGCCAGGUUUGAAGGCCGAUGUUCAAAAGGGCGAGAAUCGUUUGUUGAGAGAAACAUCUCUGCUUUGCUUUUUGUUUUGUUUUGUUUUGGGGGGGGUUCCCAAGACUUCCUGUUGGCGUGAGUCUCUUAGGGAGAGUGAAAUCCUGUUGCACUCCGAGCUCGAUCACCAGUAUCCUUCUUCCCCAGGGACACCUCCCCCCUCUCACAUUUCUCUCACAGCUCAGGGUUCCUUCAUUAUUUUCACUGUCCACUGACUGUGAAUUCUUUCAGAAUUCAGCUGCAGAAUUGAAGUGACAUUUUGCAGACAAUAGUUCUCUUACUUCACUUGUGCCAUUUUACAGUGCAGUGCAGUUCUCGUACCAUAAAGACAUUUAGUUACUCUAAUAGCCUGUGUAGUUGAGCCUUUUUAAUAGUUUAAUAGCUUGUAACUUUUCUUCUGUUAUGCUUCUUUUAACUCUUCUUAGGCAACGUUGUAUUGUAAUGUAUUGCCAUGAAUAAAGG